UCAAUAACUUUCAUUAUAAUAAAAAGGCACCUAAUCCAUAAUACAUGGCAGUUAUGAGGAAUAUCUGCAGGCUUUGGCUGCUCCUCUCUUUGUUUGGAUUCAGUCUAGUGUCAUUAAGGAGAAAAAGUUCCAGAUCCUCAUGGCAUAGUAGCGCUGUUGGACCUAGAACAGGUUCGAGUGAUAACAGUACACUACAAAAUGAUGAAGAUGAACCACUACCUAUGUUAGGUUGCUUGGUAGUGAUAACAAGCACUACAACUCUCACUGGCUACUAUGGAGACUCGGUUGUUUUACCUUGCAACUGUGAGGACCCAGAGACCAACCCCCGAACACUGAAGUGGGAAAAACCAUCUCUGGGCUCGGUGUAUUAUUUCACUGAGGAUUACACAGAACCAGAAGUACAUGAGGAGUAUGAAGGCAGAGUGGCUCUGGUGGAAGGUUCCCCUGGCAACUUGUCUCUGAUCAUAAAGAACUUGAGGGAAGAGGAUGCAGGGUCCUACCGCUGCAUUUCAGACUAUGGAACUGAACAUCUGGAGCUGAUAAUUGAAGAGGUUGUGAUUCUCGAGAGUCCUUGCCGUCUCCAGCAUCUUCUCGUGUUCAUGUUGGCUGUCCUCAUCCUCCUCCUCAUCACACACAUCACUGUAGGAGCCAUGAUCAUCCGCUGGAGGAACCAGGGUAUCGUCUUUUCUCAUUCAGGUACUGCCUCUUGUCCUUGCAACUGAAAGUGAAAACCUGAAAGAAUCUGCUGAGCAAAACAUUCUAAUUUGUAUUUACUUUAUAUUUUUUAUAUCACACUACGUGACUUUUGUAUUAAAUGCUAAUGCUUCAAUAGACAAUGACUUCCAUGUCAGCAAUGGUCAACUUAAAAUAUGAGGGAAUUCUGACUCUACAGUCCCAAGUUGGAAGUGUAACUGUGAUAAACAGUUGGUGCACUGAUUAAAAAUGAUAAAAUAAUAAAUAAUAAUGAAAAUAAU